AUGAAGAACUAUAUGAUUCAGAAAGAGAGAGUUGGGCAAAAGAACGAAAAGUGGUAUUCUGUGGAGAUUACUGAGAAUGUUGCUGUCGGCACCCACAUUUACACUAUCCGUGCUCAAGAUGAUGAUAGUGGAGAUGCUCUGACCUACGUGAUUGAAAGCAAGGAUACGUUUCCAACUAAUUGUGAAAAUGUUUACAGAAUUGAUCAAGCAUCGGGUGCUGUCUUUAUUGCUUCCUCACUAGACUAUGAUGCGGGUUAUCAUACGUGCCGGCUCGCUAUUGAAGUUGAAGACAAAGGAAAGCUCUCCUGCCGAGGAGCCCUCACUGUCAACAUUCAAGACCUGAAUGAUGAACCACCAGUGUUUAAAAAAUUUCCUAAAGAUACCAUCGACGUUUCCGAAAACGAACCUGUUGGAACAAUCAUUGCAACCAUUGAAGCCACUGACAGGGAUGAUGGCAAUAUGGUCACUUACAAGCUUGCAACACCAGUGGACAGAUUUAAUCUGAAUGAAAAUUCUGGAGAUAUAAGGCUGGUGAAACCUUUGGACUUUGAAAACCCUGAUCUGAGGAAGGAUCACCUGUACUUGUUAUCUAUAUUGGCUUCAGAUGAUGAUCUCAAGCACACCUCCACUUACACCCUGACAAUCCUUGUUAUCGAUGUGGAUGAAGCCCCAAUCUGUGAUCCUGCAUUCACACAAGGAGCUGGUGAAUUAUGA